AAAAAAAAUCUGACUGUAUCAGACUGUGCAUAUAAAAAUAAUUUUGUUAUGAUGUUUUAAUUAUUAGAAUUAUAUUAUAAUUUAUUCGUUUUUUCCCAUCAUAGGUAUUGGUAUUGCUCCAAAAACUGUCACUGACACGCACCGGCACCAGACCUAGCAACAGUAACUAAGGGGGGCGGGGCUUGAUGAAAGGUCAAUUAAUGACUAGCUACUAGAAUCCUUUUAUCUUAUUAGGCCACACCCACUCCAGCCUUUCUUUAUUACACUAGGACAGACCUACUUCAGCCUUUGUUUAUCACACUAGCUGACAUUAGGACAGACUUACUUCAGUCUUUGUUUAAACACUCGGUGACAUUAGGACAGACUUACUUGCCACUCCACAAGUCAGUACCUAUCACCUUUUAUUAUCUCAAACGGCUUUAUAGACCUCACAUCCCUUGUGUUUAAUAUAUAUAAGAAGAUGUUUGAGCAAGGAGAUAACAAAAAUAAUGGGUUACCACUCGAAGACCACGAUGACGAGGACUCUGGGCUCACCUGGCCACCACCACCAGACCACCCCAAUUAUGAUAUGAUUGCUGCUGGAGACUUCACUCUUGACCUUGUGGAGGAAUUAUUUAUUAUCCGUCCAGGCAUAAACAUACCACAUCCAUUUCAGGAUAAUUUGGAGCCUGCAUAUGUGCCUGAGGUUCAUCCUGAUGAUGUGCCUGAGGUUCAUCCUGAUGAUGUGCCUCAGAAUCAUCCUGAGGAUGUGCCUGAGAAUCAUCCUGAGGAUGUGAAUCUUGAUGAAAAUCAGGUUCAGAGUGAGGAUGAGAGUGAGGAUGAGGAUCAGUUCAUCUCGCAUGAACUUCCAGACAGUGAUGCUGAUUUGGAUGCUGUAUAUGAAGGUGAAAGUGAGGAAGAAAUGCUUGAGGAAGCUGAUGAACCACUUCCUCAAGCAAGUAGGAAGAGGCAGAGAGAGGAGGAGGAGGAGGACGAGGAGGACGAGGAGGAGGAUGAUGAGGAUGAAAUUGAAAAAAGCGCCAAAAAAUCCAGGCGUGAAGACACCGAUUCAUCUGACGAGGAUAUCGAAGAUGAAGAACAGGAUGCCUCACCUCUUAAAUUAGGCAACAAGAGGGAGAGAGAUGAUGAGGAUGAAGGUGAUAGAAGCGCCAAAAGAUCCAGACAGUAACACCAUCAAUUACUGUCGACUUUCUGUGUGGAGUUUGCAUGUCCUCCCCGUGUCUGCGUGGGUUUACUCCGGGUGCUCCGGUUUCCUCCCACAAUCCAAAGACAUGCACACAGGUUCAUUGGUGACUCUAAAUUGUCUGUAUGUGUGAAUGUGAAUGGUUGUUUGUCUCUAUGUGCCCUGUGAUAAACUGGCGACUUAUCCAGGGUGUGCCGCAUCUCUCGCCUAAAGUCAGCUGGGAUAGGGUCCAGCCCCACGGUGACCCUGAUGAGGAUUAGCGGUUACAGAUAAUGUAUGGAUGAAUGAAUGGUUUAUGUCCCCCUGUGUCAGCAUGGGUUUACUCCGGGUGCUCCGGUUUCCUCCCACAGUCCAAAGACAUGGAAACAUUGUUUACAUGAAAAUGAAUUAACCAAUGAAAAAAUAAAAGAGUAUGAGACUGUACUGAAAUUGUUAGACAUUUCUUUAUAGAUAUUUUAAUUAUUAUAAAUUUUGUGUAGCUAGACAUGCUAAUGUUCAAACAGAAACAGCCAAGUGAUACAACUCUUUGUUUGCUGCAAAAACAGACCUGAGCCUGAGGCAAAACUUAUUAUAUACUUUUUUUUAUUAUUAUUAUUAUACAGCAUCUUUCAUGCAAACAUGCAGCCCAAAGUGUUUCACAAACCCAGAGAAAAAAAUCAACGGGUAGAAAGAAUCCAGCAGAAUUGAUAAUGCAUAAAUAAAAUUAGGCCAUACAAUUAUAAAAUAUAACAAUAAAUAA